UGUUUUAUGUAAAUUAUUUUUUGCUUUUUGUUUGUUUUUCUCGAAGCGGACAAUAAACGGACACACAAUCCAAGCGUGGAGAAGUGCUGAACCAUCUCCUAGUCGCAACAUUAAACACACUCACUCACACAUUUGUUUAAACUAAUUGUAUCAAUUAUGAAAUUUAAAUUUAGUAAGCGUUAUAAAGCAAAUAAAACUGAAAUUCAAUAAUGCUUUCCGUUUUCAAAUUAUGAAACGUUGUAAGGCAAAUGAAGCAUAGAAACGCUUUCCACAAUCUCCUGAUUUUCACGUCAAUCGAUCGAAAUACCAAGUGUCUAAAUUUCCAGUUUGCAUUAUGGCUAAUCAAUGGCGAUUGCCGGGCUCGACUAGGUCCACAUCUAUAACAAAUUUGACGCUCUGCUCGAAGCAAGCGAAGCGCAAGUGGCGCUACAAAUUCAAGUUUCUCGAUUUAUACAAGGAAAAAGAAUGCCUGUGGAUGGAGAAUCACAAGGAUUUUCUCAAUUUUGAAUUAAAGGACGAGGUCUGGGAACAGCUUGCCCAGGAAAUGUGCUGCCCCGAACGCCCCCAUCCGAAGCCCGACAAAUGGAGACAUCUGGUCAUCAAAUGGCGCUACAACGUGCAAUUGGAGCAACUGCGUAAACAGGAGGCGAAACAUUUCGACAAACUGAAUGAAUUGCCCCGCAAACUGCGCUAUUCGGAUAGAUUGCAGUUUCUAAUCAAACACACGUUCGAUCGCAAAAAGAAUGUACAGGCAGUAACGCCAGUAGCGCGUACGCCUGAGCCAUUAACCUCGCCGACACAGGAGAGCCUUGCCGCCAAAUGCAUGCGUUUGGGUCGUUGUAAGAGCAAACUUCACACAUCCUUUGGACAAAAGCUGCGAACAAUGGAGAAGAUCCGAAAUAAACGAUGCUGCACAAUGUGCCUGUCGCCAGAGGCACUACAUCGAAUACUGUAGAGCCCGAAUAUUAACGUAUUUGAGAGCCGAAUUAAAUAAAUCUGAAAAAGAGAACAGUCGUCCAUUUCGUAAUUUCAUAACAUUUCACUUUGUAU